AAAAGAGGAAGCGUUCUUGUUGUCCUUUAUUACGUCGGGAGUUUUCACGUCCUUUUCGGAUACAAUGUAUCCAGAGAAGAGCAGCACGAUCUCAGCUUGAACAGGAAAUGGACCAUACAGAACUCAAAUGGGUCUCUGUCGCUUCCUGCAGAGGUACCGGGGUGUGUACACUCUGCUCUCCUGAAACAGGGCUUUAUCAAGGAUCUCUACUUCAGGUUCAAUGAUGUAGCAUACAGGUGGAUCGCUCUUGACAACUGGACAUACACAACUACAUUUUCUGCCUCAACAGAGCUAAGGGCUAAACAAAGAGUCCAGCUGGUGUUUGAAGGAGUGGACACUGUAGCGUCCAUCUCUCUGAAUGGAGUUGUUGUGGGGAAGACAGACAACAUGUUCCGCAGAUAUGACUUCAGCGUAGGCCAGUUGUUGAGGGAAGGGGAGAACGUUGUGAAGGUGAGCCUCCUCUCCCCUGUCGUGUACGCCUCAGAGAGGAGUCAGGCUCACUCCUCCUACAGCGUGCCCCCUGACUGUCCUCCACCCGUCCAGAAGGGAGAAUGUCACGUCAACUUUAUCAGAAAGGCUCAGAGUUCCUUCAGCUGGGACUGGGGGCCGUCAUUCCCAACCCUGGGGCUGUGGAAGGGUGUUCAUCUGGAGGCCUUUGAUGUGCUGCGCCUAAUCCAUCUCUCUACUGUACCAGUCUAUAACUCCUCUCUGUCUCAGUGGGUGGUAACGGUGGAAGUGUUGGUUGAUGCUGUGGAGGAGACUAAAGUCCAGGUCAACCUCUCUCUGAUGGAGCUGUCUACAGAACAAACCUUCAUGGUGGUUUUUCCAUCUGGGCAGAGCAAGAACACCUUGAGCCUCCAUGUCAACACAAGUAACCAGGUGAAGCUGUGGUGGCCCAGUGGCCAUGGUGAGCAGCACUCCUAUCAUCUCAGUGUGAGAGGAACCAUGCUGGAGGGAACAGCCAUACUCAGGACAGACACACAGGUGUAUUUCCGUACAGUAGAGCUGGUCCAGGAGCCAAUCGCUGGUUCCCCUGGGCUGAGUUUCUACUUCCAGGUCAACAAAAAGCCCAUCUUCCUGAAGGGGUCAAACUGGAUCCCAGCUCACGCCCUUCAGGACCUGGUCAGCCCUGCUGAUGUGAGGAACCUUCUACAGUCGUCCGUAAGCGCUAAUAUGAACGCGCUCAGGGUCUGGGGGGGAGGAGUCUAUGAGCAGGACCUGUUCUACUCUCUCUGUGAUGAGAUGGGGAUCAUGAUCUGGCAGGACUUCAUGUUUGCCUGUGCCAUGUACCCCACUGAGCCUGACUUCAUAGAGACGGUUAGAGAGGAGGUUGUCCAACAGGUGAGGCGCUUAAAGUCCCACCCCUCGGUCAUCGUGUGGAGUGGGAACAACGAGAAUGAGGCGGCCCUGGCCACUAAUUGGUUCGGCAUCCCCGUUGCCCAGCAACCCCGGUACCAUAGAGACUAUGUGACUCUGUAUGUGGACAACAUCAGGGCUAUUGUUCAGAAGGAAGACGGUAGCCGCCCGUUCCUAGUCUCCAGUCCCACUAACGGAGUAGAGUCUCAGCAGGAGGGCUGGGUGGCCCACGACCCCUACGACCUACACUAUGGAGACACACACUACUAUAGCUACAGCCAUGACUGCUGGGACUGGACGGCCCUGCCACGCACACGCUUCGCCUCCGAGUACGGCUUCCAGUCCUGGCCCUCCUUCUCCACCUUGCAGAAGGUGUCUGUGUCAGAAGACUGGAGUUAUGGGAGUAACUUCUCGUCUCACCGUCAGCACCACCAGACUGGCAACCAGCAGAUGCUGCAACAGGCGGGACUACACUACCAUCUCCCAGCCUCAGCAGAUCCACUGAAGAGAUACAGGGACACACUGUACAUCACACAGGUCAUGCAGGCCCAGUGUGUUAAGGUCCAGACAGAGUUCUACCGCCGCAGCCAGAGUGAGGUCAUCGAGGGCAAAGGUCACACCAUGGGAGCUCUCUACUGGCAACUCAAUGAUAUCUGGCAGGGCCCUUCCUGGUCCUCUAUAGAGUUUGGUGGGAAGUGGAAGAUGCUCCAUUACUUUGCCAAAGACUUCUUCUCCCCUGUGCUUCCGGUGGGCUUUGAGGACCAGGGUAGUCUGGUGGUCUAUGCUGUGUCUGACCUGAGCCACGACCUUCACCUCAGGACUGUGGUUUCAGUCUAUGAGUGGAGCAGUCUGGAUCCUGUGUGCACUGUGGCUUCCGGAUUGGUGCUUGUGGAAGGAGGAAGUGCUGAGGUCAUCCACAAACAGCCAAUCACAGCCCUGCUGGCGGGGUGUGGGCGCGGGAGCUGUACCCGCCUCACCUGUCUCCUGACCUUUCACCUUGAGGACGUCAACAGCCAGCAAGGUCCCAUUAACCACCUCUUCCUCAGCUCACCCAAAAAUGCCCAGCGGAUGCUGAGACCCAACAUCACAGCCGAGCAGCAGCAGGACGAGGGAUACACCGUGACCCUGCAGUCCUCUGCCGUAGCAGCUUUACUGGAUGUGGGGGACGUCCCAGGACGAUUCGGCACCAACGGAUUCCUCAUGGUCACCAGGAACAGAACAGUCACCUUUAACCCCUGGGGUCCCACCAGUACCCAGCAGCUAGCCCAGGCACUGACUGUUACGUCAUUGAGAGAUGUGUACUGACUAUCUUGCAUAUCAAAUGGCAUCCUAUACCCUACAUAGUGCACUACU